AUGGCGUCCUUCGUCCCGGAGCAGGGUCUGUCCCCCCCACUGUGUGGACGCUCCCUCCCCCAGCAGGAGCUCUCGUCUCUGGGCCUGGAUCCGUCUGACUUCAGCCUGUACAGCCCCCCAGCUCCUCCAGAGUCCAGCCUGUCCCCGUCUCCAUGGCUCCCACCGUCCAACCACAGCGACCCCUCCCUCUGCUUCAACAGCCCAGCCACAGGCCCCUUCUCUGGGGCCCCUGCCCUCCCCCCUGCCCUCCCCCCUGGACUCCCCCAAACGUUUGGAAGCUUCUUCCCUCAUCUCUACGGCCUCCACAGGCCCCUGAUCCCCGGCAACCCCUGGUUCUCCAUGUCCUCCCCAGAUGACGUGCUGCGGCUGGUUCGCCCGCCGUACUCCUACUCUGCCCUCAUUGCCAUGGCGAUCCAGAGUGCGCCUGAGCAGCGGCUGACACUCAGCCAGAUCUACCAGUACGUCUCCGACAACUUCCCCUUCUACAGCUGCAACAAAGCCGGCUGGCAGAACUCCAUCCGCCACAACCUGUCGCUCAACGACUGUUUCCGGAAGGUUCCCCGCGACGAGAACGACCCAGGUAAAGGAAACUACUGGACUCUCGACCCAAACUGUGAGAAGAUGUUCGACAACGGAAAUUUCCGCCGCAAGAGGAAGAGGAAGUGUGAUAAUGGCAAGAAACCUUCCUCUUCUUCCUCCUCGUCUGACUCUUCCUCAUCAGAGCCCAGCCCUAAAAUUCCCAGCAUACACUGCAGCAGCAGCGGCGGCAGCAGUGCUGACCUCCCUGCUCCCUGCGGCCUCAGCAACUUCCUGUGUCACCUCCAGGACUCCCACCUCCCCUCUCCUCACACCACCUCCCCCUCGCUGUAUGUGCAGGUACCAGACCACACUCCCCCUCCUCCCCCUCCUCAGGGGUGCCUCUCUUCUUACUCGCCCGGCGCCGUGGUGCCGCAGUGGGACACCUGCAGCUCCUCUCCUCCUCUCUUCCCCUCCUCCCAGUCGACCCCCCCACACUUCUCCUCCCCCCUCGCUGACCCUCAGACCAGCUCACCGCCGCUCUACGUCGACCUGCAGACGGCGUCCUGUCCUCUGCCGGAGCUCCAGGACACCCAGCAGCUGCAGCAGCUGCAGGCCCAGUGCGGGCCUCUGUUCCUGGGGGGCUUCAGCGACGCUCUGCCCCUCGACGCUCUGGUUCUCCAGCAGUGAAGCUGAACGUAGUGUUUACA